CUUGGUAACCAGCCCCAGAGGUGCUGAAGUUGUGGAGGCCAUAGUCACCGAAGUUCGACUCAGCCUCUCCGGCCUGGUCCGCCCGGAGUUCGCCAGGGGUCGCAGGAGUUCUAGGGAUGCCGGCCGCGACGUCACUCCGCUAGCCCUGGGCCUUGACAGCUGCCCACGCGUUGGGGCGGGGCUCGAGCGCGCCCCAUUAAGUAUCACCGAGGCAGGCCCCGUCUCCUACGGGCUGUGAUUGGCUUGAGGUGGUGCAGCUUUGAUCCGAUUGGUGCCGGGAGACGGGGUUGCGCGAGCGAGGCUAGGGCUUGCCUGCCAAGGCCCGGCUGAGGUGAGCGAGGUGGUGGAGGACUGAUGAUUAGGCUAGUGGGGCUGGCGGUUUGCGCCCAGGUCCCGGGGGAAGUGGAAGAGUCGGACGCCAGCCUGCACGCGCCGCUCAGCGACCGGCGACGAGCGAAGAUGGUGGUGCGUGCGCGCGCGCGUGGGCGUGUGCGUGUAGUGGAGUGAGCGCGCCAGCCGUCCACGCGCAAGUGCAGGUCCCGCAGUGGUCACACGCUCCGCGGCCUCGCGUCCUGCCUGCCCGCCACGACCGCAGGGCCAGGGCGCUGGGCAGGUGUGGGAGCGCACCGGCAGCGCGAGACAAAGGCCGGGGACGAGCGGCCAUGGCCUCCCGUGGCCUGAGCGCCCUGGGCGCGGGCCUGGGCGGGGGCCGAGGCGGCGGUAGGAAGAGCCUGAGCGCGCGCAACGCGGCGGUGGAGCGCAGGAACCUCCUCACUGUGUGCAGGUUUUCUGUGAAGACCCUGAUUGAUCGGUCUUGCUUUGAGACAAUUGAUGAUUCUUCUCCUGAAUUUAACAAUUUUGCAGCUAUUUUAGAACAGAUUCUAAGCCACCGGCUAAAAGGUCAAGUAACCUGGUUUGGUUAUGAAAGUCCUCGUAGCUUCUGGGACUACAUCAGAGUGGCUUGCCGGAAAGUUUCACAGAAUUGUAUCUGCAGCAUUGAAAAUAUGGAAAAUGUCAGUUCGUCUAGAGCUAAGGGUAGAGCCUGGAUCAGAGUAGCACUCAUGGAGAAACAUUUAUCUGAAUACAUCUCUACAGCUCUGAGAGAUUUUAAAACAACCAGGAGAUUUUAUGAUGAUGGAGCAAUUGUCUUGGGUGAGGAAGCAAAUAUGCUAGCUGGCAUGCUGCUUGGGCUCAAUGCUAUUGAUUUCAGCUUCUGCCUAAAGGGAGAAGGUUUGGACGGCAGCUUCCCUGCUGUAAUAGACUAUACACCAUAUUUGAAGUUUACACAAAGUUCUGAUAGCAUUAGUAGUGAUGAGGAGGAACUCAGGACUUUAGGAAGCAGUGGCAGUGAAAGCAGCACCCCAGAGAAUGUGGGGCCCCCCUUCAUCAUGGACGACAAUAGCUGGUUCAACAAGUGUAAGAGAGUGAGACAGAAGUAUCAGCUUACCCUGGAGCAGAAGGGUUAUCUUGAAGAACUCUUACGGCUUCGGGAGAACCAACUGUCUGAAUCUGUCUCCCAGAAUAAAAUACUACUUCAAAGGAUUGAAGAUUCUGAUUUGGCUCAUAAAUUGGAGAAGGAGCAGUUAGAAUAUAUCAUUGUGGAGCUUCAAGAUCAACUGACUGUGUUAAAGAAUAAUGAUUUAAGAUCAAGACAAGAGUUAACUGCCCACCUCACCAACCAGUGGCCUUCCCCAGGAGCUCUGGAUGCCAGUGCUGUUGCCUUGGAUACGUUGCUUUACCGAAAACACAAUAAACAGUGGUAUGAGAAAAGUUACCAAAGUCUUGACCAGUUAUCAGCAGAAGUUAGCCUUUCUCAGACUUCACUGGAUCCAGGGCAGUCCCAAGAUGGAGAUGGAAAACAAGACACGUUAAAUUCAAUCAGUGAAGGCAAGAAAAACCAUCUUUUUGAAAGUUACCGUUUGCUGUACUAUAUAUAUUUUGGUUUUACAUCUUGCUGAAGAGUAGUAAUGAUCUUUCUGUGAAGCAUGCUAGAAAGUAAAGAAGAUACCCCUUCAUUACUUGGUCUCUGUGGGUCUCUAACAUCAGUAGCAAGUUACAAAUCUCUAACGAGCCUAAAAUCAAAUGACUACCUUCCAAGCCCUACAACGGAGAUGACAAGUCCAGGCCUAACCCCAUCCUGAAAAACCUUAUGGAAAUCCAAGAGACAUAUUAGAUUUAUUU